GCUCAAGCGCGGGAACCAGUGAUAGAUGUUCUUUUUGGAUGGGACACAGAGAUGGCUACCUCGUGGCUGGACCUUCGGUAAGAAACACCAGUUCUCGGAGCUUUUGCUGGAGCCUUCCACUCCUGAAAGCGUUGAAAGCGGUGCGUCCCCGCGCAGAGAGCUCGGCAGGCUGGGCGUGAGUGCGUCAGCAAUGCUGAGCCUGUCGAUCUUGCUGAUUGGCUGGAUGUCACCGCAAUACGCUCAAAAGCUCGGCGCCUUCCAAAUCCACGAUCUGCUGGCGAACACACCCGUGAUAGCAGCACUGGUGGUGCAAAGCUCCUGGUCACUGUUGGCCCUAGUGCCUUUUCAUUGCCUCAAGUCUCAAUCGGCGGAACAGGGACCGCAAGGGCGGCAUGCGCCGCAAGAGGCUGGGCCUUUGCUUCGCUUUGUGUCGUUUUUGUCGCUGCCAGCAGUGGGACCUCUUUGGCUGGGGGCCAUACCGCUCUCGCUCUGUGCUACGGCCAUGCAUUCGAUGUGGUACAGCUCAUUCACACAGACCACACCUGCAGUGAAUACUUUGGUGUGGAACCUCGAUAUUGUCAUUGCCAUGUUGCUGGAGGCAAUAGUCACUCGAAGAGUGCCCAGCAUCAUGGUCAUUGUUGGUGGCUGCAUCACAUUGUUUGGUGCCUUCUUGGCAACAGAUGCAGAGGUCGAAGGUAACAGCUUGAGUGGCUGUGCGCUUUGUCUCACUGCCACGACACUCUACUCACUUGUGGCCAUCAUCGUCUCCAGCCUCGAUUGCGAAGUGACGGAACUUUUGGCCUUGGAAGGCCUGUACAGUCUUGCAGUGCUCACAGCAUUGAUAUUCAGCACAGCGCUGGGAGCUUCAGGCGUUGCAUUUGGCUUCACAAACCUUUCAGAUCUUUCAGGAAGCGCUGGCUUUCUCUCCAUGAAUGACCUCAUGUUGAAUUUGGGAUGGCUUUCCUGCUCCAAGUUGAUGGGAGCUUCGCAAACUGCCAUGGUCGCUUGCUUGUCCAUACCUCUGUCUUUGCUCUUGGAUGCAAUGCUGUUGGGCGCGGUCCCUUCUACACCUGAGGUGACGGGCAGCUUGCUUGCGAUUACUGGCUUCUUCUUGAGUUACACACGGGGCCAGUCAGAGGACUCCGUCAACGUGUCAUGCGCUUCCACUUGCACUUUUUGAGAUCUGCAAAGCAGUCUAAAAUUGGUCGCGGGACCGUCAAGCUGCAUCUUUGAGGUAUUGACCUCCAGCUUGCAAAAUGCAGGUACUGACUGUAGAUAAUUGUAGAUACUGUAAGAUACUUGUACAUGUUGAUAUACGAAGCAGUGCCUCCAGUUUUGCCACAAAAGA